AUGGCCGCCCAAGCAACGACGAUGAAGGAAACAAACACCCUCAACGUCUACAAGGGGCCUGACUCUGUCAGAGACUACUUUGACCCGGACACGGCCCCCCCUCUACCCCUCGUCGAGGUUCCAUCCUCGCUGAACCCCUACCAUGGCGAUGGUGUCCGCAUCUUCGCCAAGAUGAUGUCCAUGCAUCCGGCCAACAACGUCAAGUGCAUGCCCGCUCUGAAUCUGCUCGAGAAGAGCGUCAAGCCCGAUGUGACAAAGACCAUUGUCGAGUACAGCUCCGGCUCGACUGUCCUGUCCAUGUCGCUGGUUGGUCGUGCCAUCUACGGCCUGGAUGAUAUCCGCGCGUUUCUGAGCAACAAGACCAGCAUUGCCAAGAUUCGUCUCAUGCAGCUCUUUGGCAUCAACAUCACCCUCUUUGGCGGCCCUUCGCAACCGGAGCCGCUGGACGAGCGUGGCGGCAUCCGCGCCGCCCAGCGUUUGGGCAACGAGACUAGCGAGGCCCUCAACCCCAAUCAGUACGAAAAUGACGAUAACUGGAAAUCGCAUGUCCGCUGGACCGGACCGCAACUCCUCCGACAACUGCCCGAGAUCAACCUGAUCUGCGCAGGCAUGGGCACAUCCGGAACCAUGACCGGACUCGGAACCUACUUCAAGGGCGCAAAGCCAACCGUCUUCAGACUCGGUGUCUGCACUGCUGCCGGCGACAGAGUUCCGGGACCGAGAUCGUACGCCCUUCUCGGCCCCGUCACGUUUCCUUGGAAGUCUUCCGUCGACCACGUGGAAGAGGUUGGCUCGUACGAGUCGUACCGUCUGUCCCUAGAGCUGUGUCGUCAGGGUCUCGUCUGCGGCCCCUCGUCCGGCUUCAACCUGAAGGGUCUCUACCAGUACAUUGACAAGCAAAAGGCCGAGGGCAGUCUCGGCGCGCUUGCUGGCCCCGACGGUCUCAUCAACUGCGUGUUCCUCUGCUGCGAUCUGCCCUACCAAUACGUCAGCGAGUACUUUGACAAGCUCGACGAUUCGUGCUUCCCACCAGUCAAGAAUGAAGAGCUCCUCGAGGUCGACCUGUAUAGAUACGAUGAAAAGUGGGAGUGGGAGGCAUCCAAGGCUCUGCAAGGCUACUUCCACGUCAACGAGGGACAGAUGGACGACCUCAUCCGCCGCGCGCAGGAGACGUGCACGUGCGAGAUCCCCAAGCUCAGCGCCGCGCUGCACCCCCGCGACAACGCCGCCAUCCUGGACCUCCGGCAGCCUACCGAUUUCGAGCAGGGCCGGCUCCCCGGCUCCGUCAACGUCCCGCUCACCCAUCCCGGGACCGCGAGCCCGUUCUACGACCCUUCGGUCCUGCGCCGGCUCUGGACGCAGCUGGACGAGGCAUUCUCCUCGCCGAGCGGGGAGCUGGGCAGCCUCGCGGGCAAGGACACGCUCGUCGUGUGCUACGACGGAGACAGCGCGCGCGUCGCCGCCAGCGUCAUGCGCGCCAAGGGCUACGAGGCAAACAGCCUCCGCGCAGGCCUCGACGGCCUCAUCACGACGCUGUCGACUCCCCAGACCUGCACCAAGACCGAGCCGGAGCAGCAGGCCUCGUGGCUGCAGCUCUGCGAGGCUCAGCGCCCACCAGCUACGACGGCUACAGUCACGGUAUAG